ACCCAGAAAGAGAGAAUGUACUAUACAUAUAUUCCACGUCUGCUGGUGUUUUUCUUAGCAUUGCAGCUUAUACGUUGCGAGACAACGAACGUACGUCGUAGACGUGGCCUUCCGUUUCUCUUUGAUGUCCCAAACAUUGUGCAAUCGCUGUUACAGAAACAGACUGAGCUGGUUCAAUGCUUGACGGACAGCAAUAAGGCGACGACACUGAAGAACUAUUUGAAUGCAAUCACCGCUCAGCUCUUCAACCCUCCCCUGAUCUACAACAACAAGAAGUACCUCAUCUCCAAGUUCCCUUACAAAGAUUCCUUCGACGCGAACAAUUACUGCAUAGCUCUUGGCGGCUACCUGGCCGAGAUCAACGAUAACAACGAGUACCAGGCGGCCCAGCAUUACCUUUCCAUUACACCAGGUGCGGACAUAGUACUCAUAGGUGGAACCGACGCUGCACAAGAGGGAACCUGGAAAUUUCCACGCACUGGGACUUUAGUGCCGGUCUUAGACUGGGCGCCUGGACAGCCUGAUGAUCUGGGAAAUGAAGAUUGUUUGGACAUCUGGAAGAGUAAAGGAGGCAAGAUGGGGGACCUUCCUUGUGGCUUCAGAAGUGACCAGGACAGAUUCAUGUGUGAGCUGCCGAAUGAUUUUUAGCUUAUCACUGCACGGAUACUGAAAUAUCCAUUUUAUAUCCUUGUUAUAUUUUAUAAUCUAUAUUUAAAAUGUAUAAAUAAAUAAAGUUAUAAAUUCGAGUAGCAUCAAAUACUAUUCA